GCUGUUCUUUAGAUCCUCUUCAGAUUGAUUUCUAUUUAGCACAGAGUUGCACUCACGUGUCACACGGGUUUUCCUUCUUGACGUCAAUAAACGAGUCACCAUUCCGGAACGUCAUUGGCUGCAGGGGUUGUUCACCAUCCACUUCAACCCCCUACUUAGCGGUUCCUUCCUCAGUCUUCUUAUUUGAUUUCGUGCUGAAAGGACGUAGAGUAAAGGAGUGGAAAAAUUCCUUCGUUGUAUGGAUAAUUUCUCGAGGAUGGUUCACCUCCAUAAGUUCUUCACGAAAAUGUUCAGGAUAGCGAUAAUUCUAUACGUUCUAUCAAUGGUUAGUUGCCAGAAUAUAGAGAAAUUAUCAGCUUGCUUCCAAUUAAGAGAGAUCAAAACGAGAGAGGCUCAAGCGUUAGGAACAGAAGGUAUCAAGAUAUUUAUACCAGUCUGUAAACAAAAUGGAGAUUUUGAAGACAUACAAUGCGACAGUUUUCUAGAGAGAUGUUGGUGCGUAAAUAGAAGUGGAUUAGAAAUACCAGGAACUAGAGCAUCUGAUCGUAACCACGUUAAUUGUAAAGCACCUGCAAAGUGUUCGAGAUCUUUCUGUAGGAUGUUCUGUGAAGAUGGUUUCGAGUUAGAUGCUAAUGGAUGCCCUAUAUGUAAAUGUUACGAUCCAUGCCAGAACAUCAAUUGCCCAAAUAAACAAUCGUGCCACGUGGAAAAGAUCCCUUGCUCUGAAGAAAAGUGCCCAUCUAUAGGAAAUUGCAGGGCUUCCAGAAGAUUAGACCCAUUAUGUUCUGAAGGAUCUCCUCUCUAUUAUCCAAGUAACAAACCCUUCAUUUGCACUAAUAAUUCGAAUGGGGUGAGAUGUCCCUCUGGUUAUAAGUGUAACAUCGUGUUAGAUAAUAAUUUUGGAGUGUGUUGUCCAUCGAAAGAAGUAGAAGUAAGAGAUAAGCUUAAAGAAUGUGUCCUAACUUACACUGGAAAAUGCGGGAAGAAAUGUGUAAAAGACAAUGACUGCGAGGGAAAUAAGAGAUGUUGCCAGACUGAAACGUGUGGAAAAAUGUGUGCAGCAUCGCAAAAUUCCAGUUUGUGUUUUCAACAAGUGGCAGCAUUAAAAUCACUUAAAACUGUAAAGACUUCGUUGUGGCUCCCUCGUUGUCGAGAUGAUGGUAAUUUUGAAUAUAAACAAUGUCUUCCUGACAAUAAAUUAUGCUGGUGCGUCAAUAAUGAUGGAAUUCAACUCGGCAAAGCAUUUACUCCCAAAGAAUUAUAUAAUUGUGGAAAGAAUGGUAAAACUUCACCAAAACCUGGUAUUUGUCCUUACGAUGAUGAGAUAUCUUGCGAUAACGAAUCGUGUACAUCAGAUGAAGAUUGUGAAGGAAAUAAAAAAUGUUGUAAAAGUUUACAUUGUGGUUUCAAAUGUGUUUCGGCACUUCCUAAACCUCCAAAGAUCCCAACAAUUUGCGAACAUUUAAGGAACAUCGGAAUGCAACUAAUUGCAAACAACAGAAGUUUAGCCAUUCCGGUACCACAAUGUUUACCAGAUGGCAAAUAUAGUCCCAGACAAUGCGAUACCAAAGAUAACUGUUGGUGCGUUAACACAUUUGGAGUGAAAAUCACUGGUUCCGAACAUAAAUUUAAGGAUCCUGUUAGUUGUAGAGAAGCAAGAUCUAUGGAUAAAUGCGAUGGAAGAAUAUGCCGUUUAGGAUGUCCUUUCGGAUUUGAAACGGAUAAAGAUGGCUGCGAAAUUUGUGAAUGUAGAGAUCCUUGUCAGGAUGUAAAAUGUUCAACUCAUCACGUUUGCAAACUAAUAGAAGUUCAAUGUGAUUAUGGUUGGUGUCCGAAAGUACCUAUGUGUGAACCAAUCCCAUCAAAUUUAUGUCCUUAUGGAAGUCCCUUCUUUCGAGGAAACAGCAGCCAAUUGGUUACCUGCGAUCCUUACGUAGAAUUAGGGAAACCGUCAGAAUGUCCAAAUUCCCAUAAAUGUAUUAAAAAUGAAGAAUUUUCUGGUGUUUGCUGCUUGAAUGGGCAAAUUACAAGAAACACGAGAAAUCAACUUGUAAUUGCCAAAAUUGGAUCGUGUCCUCCUGUAUUACCCUGGGAAGCGGGACUUUGUAUAAAUCAGUGCCUGUACGACAAUGAGUGUCCUGGAUACCAGAAAUGUUGCCUUAAUGGAUGUGGAAAGUAUAUGUGUAAAGAUCCUGAAGGUUUUACGAGUAAAAUAGGGCAAUGCCCAUAUAACGUGUCGAGUAACUCAGAAAAUUGUGACUUCCAGUGCAAGAAUGACUACCAAUGCAAAGGUGACAGUAAAUGCUGUUCGAAUGGGUGCGGGACUCAAUGCAUGAAUCCAAUUAAAAUGAAAGCUUGCGAACAUCAAAGAGAAGUUACGAUACAACGUGUCAGGCAAAUGGGAUUGAAACCGAAUGAAGUUUACAUUCCGACGUGUCAAGCUGAUGGUACUUACGAUAGGAUUCAAUGUAAUCCUGUUCGUGAGCAUUGUUGGUGUGUAGAUAAUUAUGGUGUUAGAAUACCUGGAAUUAAACCUCGACCGGCUUCAGAAAUUGACUGUAAAAAUGUGGACACUUGCCCAUCAAUUAAGUGUAAUCUCACUUGCCCCGUUGGCUUUAAACACGACAAUGCAGGAUGCCCUAUUUGUGCUUGUGAAAAUCCUUGUGAGAAUAUUAAAUGUAAAAGUCCAUUGGAAGAAUGUAGAGCGGUAAAAGUGAAAUGUAUCACUGAACCGUGUCCACCUCUAGCUUUAUGCUUACCGAGACUGGAAAAUCCAUGCCCGAUAGGAAGACCUCUAGAAAAAUAUUCUGGAAAUAUAAUUCCAUGUGGACCAUCGGGAAACACUUGUCCUUCAUCUCAUAGAUGUCACAUGAGCCCCUUGGGAGAAUAUUCCGUUUGCUGCCCUAAAACAAGAUCGGAUUGUAUGACAGCCAAAUCGUACGGAAGUUGUAACUCUACGUUAGACAGAUGGUAUUUUGACAAAGACAAGAACACUUGCGAACGUUUUGUUUAUGGCGGUUGCGGUGGUAACUUAAAUAAUUUUGAAAGCAAAGAACAUUGCGAAGCUACUUGUCCAGUGUAUUCAGUGUUGACUUCUUGCGAAGAAUAUAAAGAAAAAUCACUGGCAAAUAAAAAUGAAAGUGACAUUACUUUUAUUCCAAAGUGUAAUAAAAAAACAGGAGAAUGGGAUCUCGUCCAGUGCAUCGAAUCAUUAGGUUUAUGUUGGUGCGUUAACAAUAAAGGUAUGAAAAUCCCAGGAACGGCUGUACGUGGACUGCCACAUUGCCACAAACGUAAAGCAAGAAAAUUAGAUGAUGUGCCACUGUGUCCAGAAGGAGAACCUGCACAUAUAUGCCCUAAAAAUUUAUGUUACAAUAAAAUGUGUUUUGCACAUCCUAAAGCAAUCUGUAGAAUAAAUCCUUGCGGUGGUUGCCAUAUUGAGUUCUACAGCGAAACAAAUGAAAAAGUUAACUGUAACGAAGGUCUUUCGGCAUGUUAUAGUGAAGUCCAAGAAGUAAUUAAUAGCCCAGCAUGGAGCAGACAAGAUACUCCCUUAUCGGAAGUAGCUCAUAUGUUACCGAAAGACUUUAGAAUAAAUUCUAAUCAGUUUACUACAAUUAUUAAUAGAGAAUUACAGGCUAAACAGUCAGUCGAAACUCCUUCUCGUCCACGUAUCUCACACGUGACAUUAGAUAUUGGUCUUUUAGGAUCAAAACUUACGUUUCACACAGACGGCAAACAGAAUAAACAACAAUUUAGCAGGAAACAGGACUACAACGAACAGCAUCUUCCACAAAGAUCAUCACUGAAGAUUGGUAGUUGUCCUGAUUCUGGAGAAAUGAAAUCUAUGCUCGAAGGCUUGAUCACAGGAUGUAGUACGAGUUGUUCUGUCGACACAGAUUGUCCCGGAACAGACAAGUGUUGUCUGUCUGCCUGUGGACUCACGUGCCAUAAAGCUGUAAUUCGCUCCGACGAAGCUCAAUCUAUGUCAAAGUCAUUGGUGAUUAAACCACCGAAAUGUUCUUCGGAGGGUGGAUAUUCUAUUGUGCAGAGACAGGGAGAAUUUUCAUGGUGCGUUGACAAAUUCGGAAAACCUCUCGAAAAUACCCUUACUAGGGGAGAAAUAAAAUGCAAUAUGGAUGGAACAAUUAAAGAAAGAAAAGAAAUUGGUCCUGUUUGCCUGUCAUCCAACAAGGUUCCGAAAGUCUGUAAGGAUGAAUGUUUAAAAGCUUUCUGUCAUCAGCAUCCUUUGGCCAUUUGUAAAGCUGAUCCGUGUAACGACUGCGCCAUUUCUUUUUACAAUAGCAGAGGGGAAAAAGUAAACUGUUUAGAUAAAUGUAUUCAACCUAUUGAAAGAGGAACGUGUCAUAAAUCUUAUAAACGAUAUUUUUUCAACCCUAUCCGGAAUCGAUGUGAACAUUUCACCUAUACGGGCUGCGGUGGCAAUGAUAACAAUUACAAAAGUAAAGAAGAAUGUGAAAAAGCUUGCCAAAAUCCAGUUCCCGUGUGUGAUCAGCCAAAGGAUUCCGGCAACUGUAAAAAUUUCGUUCAUCGUUGGUAUUAUAAUAAAUAUACCCAUAACUGUGAAAGUUUUCAAUACGGUGGAUGCGGUGGUAAUAACAAUAACUUUGAAACAAAGGAAUUAUGUGAAGCAAGAUGUCCAGAUUCCGUACUCUGUCCUUGGGGUCAAGUAACAGAUCAUAUGAAAGUCUGUAGUCGAUAUAAAUCUUGUGUAGAGACCUCUUGUCCAGCAAAUCCGAAAGCGAUGUGUACCGUAGAUCCUUGCACAUGCGAACCAUAUUUUGUAGAUGCGCAUGGAAAAUUUGUAGCGUGCGAUUUCUCAUUAAGAGGACCUUUACAACUAGUAGCACCAGCCGUAACCAAAGAAACACGAUGCCAGAAUGCCAGAAGAAAACAUCUUUCUGAAGCAUCACCAUACGUUGCUCAAUGUGACAAAGAUGGAAAUUUCAAACCAAAACAAUGCAGUUCUAAUCUUCAAGGCCUCGCAAAAUGUUGGUGCGUGGAUGAAUUUGGUCGACCGGUUCAAGAUUCUUCAACCCUCCGAAGCGAUGGCUCGUGUGAAUUUGUUAAAGUUGAUCAUGUAGACGUGGAGCUUUCUUUCAAACAUAAUUCAACUUCGUAUGCUGAAAAUAAGAAAGUAUUCAUUAAAAACGCUGUAGAAAACUUUCUGCAUAAUAUAUCGGCUGAUACCGGCGAAGUGGCUCUGAAGAUCCUUCCGAACAAUACAGUGAUAGUAUUUACAUUGAAGGGAGAUAAUAAAGAACAAAUUGCUUAUCAACUUGAAAAAAUGGUGAAAAAUGGUAACAUGGCUCUACAUUCGAAAUCCGAUGUUCUGCCAGUUGAUGUUAGCGCUUCACACUUUCAUCACGUGAGUGAAUCUGCACCCAGUAAAUUUUAUGAAUAUGAAAAUACAAAAUUGAAAGAUUUAGGAGAAAAUGGAUCAGCAGUAACAGCAAUUGCCAUAGUUUCUGUGGUUGGAGCUGUGUUAUUGAUUCUUAUAAUAGCAACUCUGCUGUACAGAAAGCAAAGAUGCAAUUACGUCCCUCAAAAUUAUUCAGAAGACUGCUCAUCCGAAUCUAGGAAAAACUUCUUGCAAUAUUUAUUAAAUAAAUUCAAUCUCCAGAACAGGAAUACAAACGUUGUAACGUCCAUUUCAUCUUCUCAAGCUAGACAUAUCGAGGAUAGAAGUCAGACAGCCGUACAAACGAAUUCGGUUUCCAAACAAGAACCAUUGUAGAA